UCUCCGUCUUCUUCGUUUCUUUCUCAUUAACUGCUCUUCUUUCCUUCUGUGUUUUUCGCCCCGCUCCGUCGAGAACGGAGAGAAGAUCAUCGCCUACUCUUCCCUUCCGCUUCUAGGGUUUUUUAGCGGGCGCCGCCGAUCCGUCGACGCCGAUGAAGAUCACCGCCCUCCUCGUCCUCCGAUGCGCCGGCGCCGGCGGCGACUCCUCCUCCGGGACGGUGGAUCCGGUGGUGCUGGCCAACGUCUCCGAUGUGAGCCACUUCGGUUACUUCCAGCGGACCGCCGCCAAGGAGUUCAUCAUCUUCGUCGGCCGCACCGUCGCCAGGAGGACGCCUCCCGGGCAGCGCCAGUCCGUCCAGCAUGAAGAAUAUAAGGUACAUUCUUACAACAGAAAUGGCCUCUGUGCGUUGGCAUUUAUGGAUGAUCAUUAUCCUGUGCGAAGUGCAUUUUCUCUCCUGAACAUGGUACUAGAUGAAUAUCAUAAGACUUUUGGGGAUUCAUGGAGAUCAGCACAGAUAGAUGCCACUCAACCAUGGCCAUACUUAAAUGAAGCAUUAACAAAAUUUCAGGACCCUGCGGAGGCCGACAAGUUGCUGAAAAUUCAGAGGGACUUGGAUGAAACCAAAAUUAUCCUUCAUAAGACUAUUGAUAGCGUGCUUGCACGAGGGGAGAAAUUGGAUAGCUUAGUGGAGAAAAGUUCAGAUCUGAGUGCUGCCUCCCAGAUGUUCUACAAGCAAGCCAAGAAAACCAACCAGUGCUGUACGAUACUUUAAAAUCUUGUGAGGUUGAGUGAUGAACAGUGUGAUCUAUUUCUCAGUAGUCAAAUCCUGAUAAAACGAUGGUUGUAUUCCUAAAAUAUUAUUCAUUGAACUGCCUGUGGAAAAUUCAUGACCUUGCACAUUCUUUUAAAAAUUUAUUUCUAGUAGGUAAAUAUAGUGUUAAUGA